UGCGAGCCGGUGUGCGAGCGUCACGCGCAGGGCACCGCAUCCGCAGCAGCGAGUCGUCAGUGGCAUGGACACCGGAGGACAGCGCUGAACCGACCGGAACCAUGCCUACUGUGCUCGCGGGCAAAGGGAAACUUUCCAUCGUGCGUUUUCUACUCAGAUGCGCGCAUUCUCAGGUAACAAGAAGCCAACACAACAGCUGUGCCAAAGAAAUCCUCGAGGACAUGACCCAGCGAGCCUCAGGGGGUGACCAGGCCCAGCGAAGCCUCUACAUCUCUAAGGAAGCAAAACAACCGGCUGCACAACUAAGACAAAGUCGGGGGGAUGUUCAGCUGCGAAUGACCCGUCACCCUCGUGUGGCACCUCACAAAUCCAUGCUCGCUGAUGACCUGAAGCUGAGCAGUGAUGAUGACGACACUCAAAGGGCAACUCGUGAGUCGGCUUCCUUGGAGGGACACAGCCUGUCAGCACAGCGAGCGCACACACAUGGCAGGCGAGUGAGACAUUCCAGCUCCGACUCUUCGUGCUCGAGCUCCAGCGUUGAGUCGUGCAGCAGCAGCAGCAGCAGCAGCAGCAGCAGCAGCAGUCUUUGCUCCCGGAGCCCCGGCCACAGCCCAGACGUCCACCCGGAUCCCGCGUCGCCCGCCAACGCGCAGCCACCGGGCAACAGCAAGGAGACUGAUCACCCCCAGUGGCAGUUGGACGAAUGGCUGAAGAAAUCCCGGAGAAAAUCUUCCAGCGGUGACCAAGUGCACAGCGUUUCGGGACGUCCUCCCUCUCCCCACACCCAAAGAGCGCCGUCUCCAGCCAGGUUCUGGGACAGCAAUCAGGAAUACAGCCCCAGCCAAAGCCCUAUCCCCAGCCCACAGUUCAAUUUCAGCCACAACACCAGCCACCUACCUAGCCCUGGUUAUAGCUACUGCCCUAGCCCCAGCCCGUUCCCCAGCACAUGCCCAAGUCCCGGCCCAAGCCCCGGACCCAGCCCGAUACCCAGUCCAGUUCCAAGUGUUUGCCCCAGUCCGUGUGGGAGCCUGAGAGCCAGCCGUAGCCCUAGUCCUAUCCAUAGAGACCCUCCAAGAAGCCCCAGUCCCGGCCUACCAACUCCUUCCGGGGUUCGGCACUUCCCAGUUGUUCAGAGAACACAACCUAACCUGACAGCCAAUCCCCACAGGACGAAAAACAGGUCAUGGAUUACCCCAUUGCCUGAUACUGAUGCAAAGAGCAAAGCCACAAGCAGCAUUCCUCUUCAACCAACUCACCAACACCGGCCCAAGACUCGACCCACACAGAACCAAGACCAAACCAAACCGAAGACGUCUGCUGUUUUAAACUCUAACCAGAGUCACGGACAUAAAUCUAGACCCAAGUUGAACUUUCAUCCUAGUUCUAAACAGCUCUCUGAGGCUCCCAAACACACAUCACAUCUUGAGCAAAUCCAGAACAGCAGAUCGAACCACAGCUCUAACCACAAGCCCAGGCCUUCGUUUCAAUCAAGCUCACAUCGUAGCUCCAAAACAUCAAGACACUUAAUUCCCACUAGUUGUGAAACCAAAUCUGAUCAUAUUUCUCAAUCAAAAUCUGCAGCUAAUCAUAACACUGGGUUGAGCUGUAGAUCUAACCCCAGCCUUAAACCUAGGGCCAAGUCUUCGGAGGGUACAGCCCCAACUGCUGUGCGUGUUAAUCAUACUGUAACAACACGGAAGAAACCUCAGUCCAAGGAGCAGGAGGUAGACCUCAGAGGAGAUCAUCUUUCCCAAAGGGGGAGAGAAAACCAGAGAAAAGAGGACAGACAACAUAAAAAACAACAAGGGAAACCGGAGAGAAAGGAAGACAGGAGGCUGGCGGAGGAGCAGCUACUGAGACGUCCCUGGAUCCACAGUUCGGCAGAAGAAGAGGAGGAGGAGGAGGGAUUGAUAGAGAGGCAGAGGAGGAGAGAGGAGGCAGCAAGAGGGGAAAACCGUCGAGGAAGGGGACAGCAACUUCAGUGUGAAUGGCAGACAGUCCUGGCCAAAGAGAGACUGCUGACCAACACUGAUCAGGGCAGGGCAAAAAGAGCAGGGAGAAGUGAGGAAGAGAGAGAGUUACAGCAAGACCCGUCACCGCCUCCGUCACGUUCGCCAACUCCUCACAGACCACCUACCUCGCCCUCCGUCUCCUCCGCUCCAAACUCUGAUUCGGAAUCUGAAUAUCAGGCUCCGAUCACCAAAGUUCCAGCAGACUCCACCUCUUACAAGGCACUCCCCAAGAGGGGGCGGCAAAGCCUCGGCAGGUCCGGUGCCGACAGGCCAAAAGUCGUGCUCCCCAGAGGACCCACCUCGGCUCAUCCAAGUGAGGGGCAGCAAAAACUCUACACCCUGGUCCCAUUCGGGCGAGGUGAACAAACUACAGCACCUUCCCAGCGAGGGCUUCGAAAUCUCGUGGUGCAGAUAGACCUCUGUCUUCUCAAAAGGGUCCCGGACAGCACUACCAGUUCCACCCUUGAAAAGCCCUCCUCCUCUUCCUCCCUGUCAUCCACGAAGGACAAGCAAAGAGAGGCCAUGAAACACCUGUACGUCCCUGAGACCGUGUCGAAGGACAGCAAAAGGAAACGCAAGUCGGAGAACGGCGUGUCACACAGAGAAAGCAAGAGGAGCAUUCCCCCUGCGAAGGACCUCUCGAGCCAGAAGGAGCCCGCACCUCACGCAGUGGAGCGCAAUUUUGUGACAGAAACCGUUCACAACGGGUACUUGGAGGAGUACUUGGACAACAAGAGGCCGUUGUCUCCUCUGUCUCCACUGUCCGACAGCCCUCAGUCCACCAAGCCCCCCCUAAAAACAAAGACCUCAGAGCAGCUUCACGCCCAUGUCCACAAAAACAGAGACAGGAAUAGAGAUUCUGCUAUAAAGCCCAAGAUGGAGGGGGAAUGUGUGAAAGUGUCAAGACAGCCCCAACCACCAUCUGAGUCCUGGGGCGCUGCAGGACACAGGGGGGCCGUGCCAAACAGCGAAACUGCGCACCAUGCGGAGUACUACUUACAUGAAGCUAAAAGGAUGAAGCACCGGGCAGACGCGAUGGUGGAUAAGCUGGGGAAGGCUGUGAAUUACGUGGACGCUGCCCUCUCCUUCAUGGAAUGUGGGAAAGCAAUGGAGGAAGGGCCACUGGAGGCCAAGUCUCCUUAUACUAUGUACUCCGAGACGGUGGAGCUAAUCAGGUACGCAAUGAGGCUGAAGAGCCACUCUGGCCCCGGGGCGAGACAGGAAGACAAACAGCUGGCCGUUCUGUGCUUCCGAUGCCUUGCCCUCCUUUACUGGCAAAUGUUUCGUUUAAAGAAGGACCAUGCGUUUAAGUAUUCCAAAGUUCUGCUGGACUACUUUAAGGUACAUCCAAAAACAGGCUUGACGUUCCAGACUUCUCCUAAAGUGCCUUCUACACCACCCUGUUGGAGUGACUCUGGGAAGGGCACAGGAGCACCCCCUUCCUCACUCUCCCCCACUGCCAAACACCUCGGACGGGGGUCGCACGGGGGCAGCGCCUUCUCCUCCCUUAUAAGCAUUCCCCAACGUAUCCACCAGAUGGCAGCAAACCAUCUGAACAUUACCAACAGUGUCCUGUACAGCUACGAGUACUGGGAGGUGGCUGACAACCUCACAAUGGAGAAUAAAGAGUUCUUCAACUACUUGAAUACUUUGUCUGGGCCUUUGACUCUUCACAGUAGCAUCGCUCACGCCGUCCAAUACACCAGACAGGCUCUUCAGUGGAUACGCAUCAGUGCCAAGCUUAACUAACAAGGAGAGGAUUUACAAUUAUCUGUCUCACUUGGAAGAGACACAACUCUGGAUCUCUAUGCAGCUGAUAGGACAGCACCAAUAUUUUCUGAGCUUGUUGGUUGGUUGGAAUCCCCAAAAUGGAGUCUGACGAUCCUCGUGGGAGUUUGGGGAGUUUACCGAGUGCAAAGUCUUCUGAGGGAGCCGUCUUUCAACUUGUCACUGGCAGCUUUUCAUUGGAUUAAAUUGAAGAGUUGUGUGCGCUAUGGAUUUGAAAUUUCUAAUUGUUUGCCAAACAGAAACGGGGGUCUCGUACAAUUGCAGCAGUAUGUGCAUACGUGAAGCCUUUUUUAUACUGGAAUAAAUCAUUAUCCAGCAGCCUGUUGAUCUCGGGCCAAAGCAGGAGAAGAUGCAAAGAAAAAGAGCAGUCAAUCAUAUCCCACUUUCUACAAAGAAAAGUGUCUGCAUUUUUCUAAUGAAGCUUUUAAUUAAUUAUUUUACAAGAAAUAUCUUUGUUUUCACGUUUACAUGUUUUUACUGUGCAAUAUUUGUUGGGUUUUCUGUUUAUAGAAAAAGAGUCUGCUGACAUUCAAGGUUCCUAUUUUGAAAAAAUAUAUUUUUGUGCCUGUUCUGAAUGUGGGAAUAUGUCAUUUUGUAAUUAAUGAAGUUGGAGAUAUCAUUAACUUAUUGGUAAAUGUCUUGGUUUGGGUUUGGUUACGGAGUUUGCAUUUAAAAUGUCCAGCUUCUUACAGCAUUCUAAUGCCACUAAUCCAUCUUCUACACUCAUCCUAAUUGUCGCAUAUUUGAAUGAGUUUUGCAUUCUGUAAAUAUGUCUGGAAUUAUUGUUAAGGAGAAUUGUUAUUUUUUGUGCCUUUUAGGCCACACAGGAUGUAAACAGCGGUUAAUCGUUUUGGGUGGCAUCUUUCUUCUCCCUUCUCUUUUCUUCUGAUAUAUUCCAUAAAUACUCUCGUCACAUCGCUGGUCUCACAGCUCUGAACCGGAGCCAACCUCAGUGAAACGAGAUAACGACAGCAAGCAGAGCUUAACCCUGAUGGUUCAGGGCGCCAACACAUCAACAAAAAAUAUACAUAAAGACAGGCUGAGUAUUAUUUUUAAUCAGUUGGAAAAAUCAAGACAUUGAGUUGUUUUCCAAGCAUAUGAGGAAUGUUCAUAGGUUUUGCUUUCUUAACGUCCUCCCAACGCUCUCACAAUGUUUUACUCCAAACCGUCAUCAGAAAGUUAUAUUUCUAAUGUUUUCAUAAUGUUAUAUUCAUAACAUUGUGCGAACAUGUAUCCCUAAAGUUCCAGAUGUUUAGACAUAUUCCUGAUUAUCAUAAUUCAGUCUGAUACCCAGUAAGUGAGGUUUUGGGUAACUUCAUUUGGGAUAAAUUAAGUAACAGCUCAGUCUGCGUAUUUGUUUGAUGCGUUCCAAAUCGUAUUCGUUUAAGAGUUUAAGUUGCUCUUAAUUUGAUGGUUCGCGUUCAUAUCCCCGACACGCGCACACACCACAGGCAUAGUGUGUGAGUCCGACUUGUUGGGUCGAUCUCCCACGCCUCGCACUCACACAACCAUCAAUCAUUCUCUGACUCUCCAUCACCGCAACCACUUCCUGCUGCACCGUCGCGCAUGUAAUUUCAGCAUCCGAUGUCUGGUGCCAUAGCAACAGAGAACAACCAAUAAGGCAGCUCAGCGGGACACAGCGAGCCUUGAGUCAGAGCAUCCUGCCGUUUCUCGAUUCUGUGAAAUGGGAUUUAUUGUAAGCCAUAGCCCGCUCCUCUUUCCCCUAUAGAUUAUGAUCGUAUUCCACCACUUGAAUGGGACUGUGAUGCACAUCUACGUGUGUCGGUUAUACAUUUUUUUAAAACCUGCCAUGGUUGCUUUACAUGAAUAAAAGCCGAUAGAUCA